CACGCCAUUUUCUUCUUAGAAGAACACAAGAAAUCAUUAUAAUGAAGGCUAGUGGAAGGCAGCUUCUGGGUUUGGUCUUUGCCAUCUUCGGCUCUCUUGGAUGCAUGGCCAUCUGCAUCGGCUCCACUUGGAAAUUUACUCAGAAUAAGGGGCUGGGUUUGUGGAAGUACUGUGAGAGUCGGGACUAUUACUACGGGACAGAAUGUGAAGCUUAUAAUUCUCUGGAUGUACCUCAAGAACUGAAGGCUGCCAGAGCGCUCACCAUCAUGGCCAUCAUCAUCUGUGUUUUUGGGGUCAUGCUUGGUGUGGUUGGGGGCAACUGCACCACCAAUGUUCAGGAUGAAAGGCAAAAGACUAAAGAGGCCUUUGUUUCUGGAAUUGCCUUCAUCAUUGCAGGUGUCUUGGUGCUCAUACCAGUCUGCUGGACCACAAUCACCAUCACUCACAAAUCCAACGACACUCGGGACAGAAUGGGAGCUGCACUCUACAUCGGCACUGCAGGCUGCCAGAGCGCUCAUCAUCAGUGCCAAUAUCUACGGGUUAUUUGGGAUCCUGUUUGGUGUCUUCGGGGACAACUGCAGAAACUCUGUGCUAAACAAAAGGCGAAAGAACAAAGGAGCCAUAGCUUCUGGAGUUGUCUUCAUCAUUGCAGGUGUCUUGAUGCUCAUACCUAUCGCCGGGACAACCAGUAACCUCUUUAAUACUUUCUACAACCCAACCUCGAUCAGCGCUC